AUGGAGCGAGACAUAAGCGAGGCUCUUAGCCAGGUCCUACAUGACAGCGGCUACGAAUUCGUGGGGGACCGAAUAGUCGAAGACAGCACAACUGUGCAGGUUAAAAAUCCCGCUGCCCGGAAAACUGGUGAGGAAAUAGAGGUGCUCUACACACGGACAACACAAGUCCUUUCACAACCGAACUCGGAUGACGAGAAUCUAGAGGCAUUUUCCGACUCAGAAGUAACAAGUCGCUGCAGAACUAGCUCUGUUGGUCGGGGAGCAUAUGGUAGCGAUGAUGAAGGAAGAAAGCAUACAGUACUGAGAUAUAGAAGACGUCGAGGUGGUCAGUGGAGACAGGUUCAACGAACUGAUAUUUCUGCCCGGAAAGGAGAUGAGGAUGAGCUAGAAGUUAAGGAGUGCUCAGAAACAACUGGUAUCGUGACAAAAACUUAUGAGGCGCGCUGGAAAGUGUUGAAAUACGAGCAUUUGCCAGAAUGGCUGCAAGACAACGAAUUCCUACGUCAUGGACAUCGACCACCACUUCCAUCUGUUGCUGAAUGUUUCAAAAGUAUCUGGUCUCUUCAUACUGAAACUGGAAACAUUUGGACCCAUCUUAUUGGAUGUUUGGCAUUUUUUUGCCUUGGUGUUUGGUUCCUCACCCGACCAGAUAAUCAUAUUCAGUGGCAAGAAAAGAUAGUAUUCUCCUUCUUUUUCGGUGGUGCCGUACUUUGCUUGGGCCUGUCAUUCGCAUUUCAUACACUAUGUUGUCACUCCAUAAACGUUGGCAGGUUUUUCUGCAAACUUGACUACAUGGGCAUUUCUCUACUGAUAAUUGGAUCGUUUAUCCCCUGGAUUUACUAUGGGUUUUACUGCCGUAUGGAACCAAAAAUCACUUAUAUAGCUAUGGUUUCUGUUUUAGGAGGAGGUGCUAUUGUUGUUUCACUGUGGGACAAAUUCAGUGAAUCUCGCUUCCGACCUUGGCGAGCAGGAGUUUUCGUUGCGAUGGGACUGAGUGGUAUCGUCCCAACAGUGCACUACAUAAUCACUGACGGUGUGCGUUCUUUAUUUGAAGACAACGCCUUUCAUUGGCUCCUUCUAAUGGCUUUCCUAUAUCUACUUGGGGCUCUUCUCUACGCUACAAGGACACCGGAGCGAUUUUUCCCCGGGAAAUGCGAUAUCUGGUUCCAAUCCCACCAACUGUUCCACACGUGCGUGGUUAUAGCUGCUUUCGUUCAUUACUUUGGAAUCUCUGAGAUGGCAUGGAUGCGGCUGAACGAUCAAUGUCCAUCCGAUCGUAUUUUUAACCAGCAUGAUGAACUAUAG